CUUUAUAUUGUAAAAGAAGUGAGUGUUUCGUUUUUACAGGUGGUGAUGCUGGCAGUUUAUACCCACAUCUAUACAACAUUCAUCCAUCUCUUCUCACACAGCUGGGACCUAAACAUUCACACCUUGGUGUUCAUCUUCAGGAUCAGCUUCAAUUGACAACAGGUGCUGAUACUAAACCAGCUCAUGUACUUUCAUCUCAGCUGACAAGUCCUGCAGUGUCAGCUGUAACUGAUCUGCUGCCACUAGAUGCUCUUCCACCACCAUCAAGUCCUCCCAGUGUAACCACGGCUGCAGCUACUUACUCAAACCAUCCCAAAUCCACUACCAGCUCUGGAACAUCACCAUCUGCCCUUAAAUCACCCACAUCUGUGCCACAGCCACAUAAACAACCUUCUCCUGGGAUGGUGUCAGUUGCCACAAAGGAAAAUAUUCCAGUCUCUACAACCUCAAUAGCAAAAAUGGGAACUCCUUGUAGGGAACACAGUGGCAAUGGAAAAAUUCCCUUACAAAAUCUGCAGAGUUCUGCUUCCACACAGACAAGCCCUAAUAAAGCAAAGACUCACUUCCAACAACAUGGAGUGGCUCAGCAAAAGUCACCUGGGGGGUUAGCCACCCAGUCUGCGGUACCACGACAGCAGCUCUCUCAGAACUCUGUGAAAAGGGGCCCUUCUAUUGCUACCUCACAACAGCCAUCAGAAAAUGGUCAUCAUCAUCAUCCUGUGAGUUCUGUCCGACAUUCCACGACACAGACUGCUAGCCAAGCAGGGCAUUCACAUGCCCAUAGUCACCAGCCUCUGCCUGAUGUGGUGAAGUCUGCUGCCACAAGUACGACACCACAUCGAGCAACAGCUGGCUCUAUGACAUCUAAGGUUCCUGCUCAUUCAUGCCACAAGAGCCUCAAGAAUGGAGGAAGUAUUGAGCCAAUCAAGCGGGUCGCGUGUACAGACUACCCUGACAGUGAGGUGGUUGACCUGGAGGAUUCGUCAAGUCAAGAUGACACUUGCUCAGAACGUUCUAGUUCAACUACUACAUCAACUCAACGGGAUUCUCGUCACUGUGAUUGCUGUUACUGUGAAGUAUUUGGUCAUGGCAUGCCGUCUGUUGCUCCGGUAAGUCGUAAUUAUCAAGAAAUGAGAGAAAGACUAAGAAUCCUCCUUACAAAGAAAAAAGCAAAGUGUAAAAUAGGUGGUACUGGUGCCAGUGGUGCAAAUGGGACAGGAAAUGCUACGGUACCACAAGUUGGUACAGUGCCAUCAACCGGGACAACAGAAACUGCAGUGAAAGCAAGUACAGGGUCUGCUGGUGGAGCCUCAUCCACACCUUCUCCAGCAGUCUCAGGCCCAGUUCUUGCAAAGCAGGACUCAGUUGAUUCGCUUCCACAGCCCAUAAAGGACCCUAGAGACCUAGAAGCAUUGCUGGACUUCAUAGAGGGGAAUCAGUCAAGUAAAUGUAAAGAUGCUAAGAAAGCUGCCAAGAAAGCAAGACAGAAACAGAAAAAGCUGGAGGAGAAGGAGAAGAAAGAUCAGGAAGAGGCAGAGAGACAAAGACUUGAAGAGCUUCAAAAUAAGACACCAGAAGUUACAAAUACUGUAGUAAAUACUCCUGGUUCACAUGGUGUCAAUUCUAACCUCAAAUCUAACACAUCUUCAAGUAUCUCUGGAAAAGGAAAUAAGAAUUUAAAGAAACAAGAUUCAGGGCUAGUAGAGCAGGGAAAUUAUAGCAAGGCAAAGAAUGUUGGUGGUCCCGGGGAGAAUGCCACCACCACACAAGUGAAUUCUUCAGCUUUGCAGCAGCCACCUCAGAUGGUAACCAUUAAGAGAGUGAUGGAAGCCAACGGAAGUGAACCCACCGUAACUAUCGCACUGAAGGGGGCCACACCUGACAAAGACAAAGUCCUUUUCACCUUCGUCAAUGGGCAAGUUUGUCAGUCACAGAAGGACAGUAAGGUGGGGGUGCAGACAUUGUCCAACCAGAACUCAAAAAACAGUCAGUGUAGCACAAACAGCAGCUCAGCCAGUAAUAAGAAGAAAAAGAAUAAAGGAAAUAACAAUUGCCCUCAGCAGCAGAACAAUGCAUCUGUGGUAGCAGCAACUAAAUCUCAACAUUCCACUGCCAAAAAUACUAGUAUGCUGAAAGCUUCCUCAGGAACAAAGAAUAGUUCUGCAGUAAAUGUUGGGGGCAGGCAGCAAACAUCGUCUGUUAAUAAUAAGUCCAGUAUGUCACAGCAGCAGCAACCGUCUUCAUCCGUUAUUGUUAAUCAUGCAACAAAUGAUAUACUGCCAAAAAUACUAGUAUGCUGA